AUGGCCAACACUGUCGCCUCCCCCACCCAGCCCGCAGCCAGUAGCACGGCAGCAUGCAGUGGAGGCUCCGCCCACACAGAGGUGAAGUUCAAGCAAGAGGCGGAGACUAUAGCGACGUCUCAACCAGGUAAAUAUGGUAACCACGACCCACCUAUCAGUCCUCACCUGAGAGAGAACAUGGGGGAUAUGAACAAGGAAAUAACAAAAUUACAUUUGUCACAAAACCUGUUUUGCUUAUUUUAUUCUUGUUAUAGUCACUAUGGAAUAUAUGUCCCUCCUGCCCUGCUGUUAAUACAUACUGUGACUGACAUGUCUGUACAUAAAGCAUAUUUAUGUGAACAACCGACAAAGUAUAUCUAAUCUAAUGUCUCCAACCCCCCUCCCCCUCCUCAGUGUCCCAGCCCUCGGCCAGCCUCCACCAGGCCGGGUCCAUCCACGCUGCCCCCUCCUCAGGGGACCUGGUCCCAGGUGCCUCCCCCAGGAAGAAGCCCUGUAAGCAGCAGCACGUCAUCUUAGGAGACUGA